AUGGAUUUCUGUCUCCUAUUAUUCAUUGUAAUUGAUUUCAAUAUAAGCGGCAUAUCUCCCCUCAUAUCUCUGUCGGCCUAUUAUUCUCGUAAACUGUGGUUAGUUGUGUUGAGCGCUGCAUCAACCUUCGAAAGGGCUUGUGUAACAGUCACCAUGUCACGCCUGACUGCGCCACGCUCGAACUUUUUGUCUGCCCCGUGCGGGGCGUUCAAAAAUUGCCUACGACAUCCAUUUUUCAGGAGUCGCGGCGGGCAAUUGGGUGAAAGUUUUCAACCAGCAAUAAACGCACCUCGGCUAAGCCUCAUUGGUCACGUUAUCGCCACUGCGCAAAGCUGA